AUGACUGCAGGAGAGAGACGGGACUACCGUGGGUCCUCUGGGGAGCCUCAACAACCUCAUGAUGCUGACGAGGAAGAGAAGAGUCUCCCCAGAUCAAAACACCUCAAGAAACACCAGCGGAGACCCACAGGGAAGAAAUCUCAUUGCUGCUCUGACUGUGGGAAACAUUGCAAGUCUUCAUCAGAACUUAAAAUACACCAGCGAGUACACACAGGAGAGAAACCUUAUAGCUGUACUCAAUGUGGGAAGAGUUACAUAAGAUCAAAAUCACUAAAAGUACACAUGAGAAUUCACACAGGAGAAAAAGCUUAUAGCUGUGAUCAAUGUGGGAAGAGUUUUACUACGUCUAGCUAUCUGACUAUACACCAGAGAACACAUACAGGAGAGAAACCGUAUAGCUGUACUCAAUGUGGAAAGAGUUUUACUCAUUCAAGCAACCUGUUAUCACACCAGAGAAAACACACAGGAGAGAAAUCUUAUAGCUGUGAUCAAUGUGGGAAGAGUUUUACUCAGUCAAGCAACCUGGUAUCACACCAGAGAACACACACAGGAGAGAAACCUUAUAGCUGUGAUCAAUGUGGGAAGAGUUUUACUACGUCUAGCCAUCUGAUUGUACACCAGAGAACACACACAGGAGAGAAACCUUAUAGCUGUACUCAAUGUGGGAAGAGAUUUACUCACUUAAGCAGCCUGGUAUCACACAAGAGAAAACAUACAGGAGAGAAACCUUAUAGCUGUGAUCAAUGUGGGAUGAGUUUUACUACAUCUAGCCAUCGGAUUGUACACCAGAGAACACACACAGGAGAGAAAUCUUAUAGCUGUACUCAAUGUGGGAAGAGUUUUACUCACUUAAGCAGCCUGGUAUCACACCAGAGAACACACACAGGAGAGAAAUCGUAUAGCUGUAAUCAAUGUGGGAAGAGUUUUGUUACAUCUAGCCAUCUGACUAUACACCAGAGAACACACACAGGAGAGAAGUCUCAUAGCUGUGAUCAAUGUGACAAGAGAUACUCUGAUAAAAGGUCUCUGAUCAAACAUCAGAAAAUACAUACAUGA